AUGCGUGGAUCCUUGAUUUCAGCACCCUUUCUCGGAUAUUUGCUAAAACUGUAAGCAAAAAUCAGAGUGGCCAAUGUCAUAAUGACAGAGUAGCCUCUAACCAAAGAAGGCAAUGCCGAGAUGUCUCAGAAGUUGUGUGCCAAUCAAUCUGUGGUUAAUUUGUGUGACAUCACUGCUUAAUUAAAACCAGCAGCAAGGUUGCUACCAUAAUAAUAAUUGUUUGAUCAAUUUGUCAAGGAAAAUUAAUUUGAUUUGCAAACUCCAAUAGUAUUCUUUGAUGAACACAUACACUUUGCAGCCAGAGCCUGGUUCACUUUCAGAUAUUUCGGAUUCAAAAACGUAUUCGUUUUGGAUGGUGGAUAUUCAAAAUGGAAGAAUCAUUAGCCAGCUGAAUUUUAGGAACACAAUAUUUAGGAUCAACCAAGAUUUUAAGGUAGAAUCGUGAGCACAUCUGAAGUUUCUAGAAUUUCCUAGUUAAAACACUCUAACGAUCCAAAUGGGGAGGAGUGGGCCAUUGUUGACACUCGAGAUAGUAAUCGUUUUAAAAAAGGCUCGAUUCCUGGAUCUAUUAAUAUAGAAUUCUCAGAAUAUCUUAAUCGGGAUAAAACCAUGAAGUCUGAUGAAGAUCUUAGAUAAGUGUAUUAAAAGAAUGGAAUCGAUUUGAACAAAACAAGAAUAAUUAAUACCUGCUAAACUGGAAAACUAGCCUGUAUAGCAACAAUUGCCCAAGAAAUUUUGAAAACUAAAUAGCAAAUCCUUUACGAUGGAUCUUGGGAAGAUUGGAAAUUGGAGAACCAUAAGAAAUGAAAUAUAUAAUAAAAAUUAUAAUGAUUAUAAUUAUUUUUUUAA